UAGUAAACAUUCGAACCUAUGACGAUGGAACAACUUUAGUCCACAUAAUACGAUAUGGUAUACAAACAGCCGAUUGUUCAAGAAUAAAUGGAAUUAGUUUAGAACCGAUAUUACGUAUAAGAGUUAUUCAAUUAGACGGAACCGUUAUCGAAAUUAAUGCCAAUUUAGAUAUAGAUUCUUUGAACUAUUGCCUUUUUAAAAAUAUGCAAGGAUUUUUAGUGAAUACUAUUGAAAUAUUCCCCUUGCAACAACCAUUUAUCCUUGUAAAUUAUUAUAAAACUAACAAUACUUCUGACCUUAAAACUUAUGAGGAAUGGGGACAGGUCAUUGAUUGGAGCGGUAAGAGUCUAAGUGCCAUACCUUAUGGCCCGCCUUAUGUUAAUCUUCAAGGUUAUUCGGUUUCAGAAAGUAAAAUUCAGUUAAACGUAAACGAGAAGCUCGGAUUUCUUAGAUAUGCUGUUAUAAACAAUGGAACAUCAAAUUGGAUCGAAUGGCAGCAAUAUUUAGU